CCAAACCUAAAAAUUCAGAAGAUGUCUCUGCCAACUCUUGCCACAAGUCCAGCCUGUCUGCAGAGAGGUGUGACCCCAAGCACAAGGACUGCCUGCUGCGGGAGUUCAGGAAGCUCUGUGCCAUGGUUGCUGAGAAGCCCAGCUACAAUGUGAAAACACAGAUCAUCCAGGACUUCCUGAAGAAGGGCUCUGGAGGAGAUGGUUUUCAUGGUGAUGUGUACCUGACCAUUAAGCUGCUGUUACCAGGUGUCAUUAAAAUCGUUUACAACUUGAAUGAUAAGCAGAUUGUAAAGCUCUUUAGCAGGAUUUUUAACUGCAGCCAAGAAGAAAUGGUCCGAGACCUGGAACAGGGAGAUGUGUCCGAGACCGUACGCCUCUUCUUUGAGCAGAGCAAAUCUUGUCCUCCAGCACCCAAAAGUGUCCUGACCAUCCAGGAGGUGGAUGAAUUCCUCUUCCAGCUAUCAAAGCUCACUAAGGAGGAUGACCAGCAAAGUGUGCUGCAGCACAUCAGUCGCAGAUGUACGGGCAACGACCUGAAAUGCAUCAUCAGGCUCAUUAAGCAUGACUUGAAAAUGAAUGCUGGAGCAAAGCAUGUGCUGGACGCUCUGGAUCCCAACGCGUACGAGGCGUUCAAAGCCUCCCGCAACCUGCAGGACGUGGUGGAGAGAGUGCUGAGGAACCAGCAGGAGGCUGAGAAGGAGCCAGGGCUGAAGCGAGCCCUCAGCGUGCAGGCCUCUCUGAUGACCCCAGUUCAGCCCAUGCUGGCUGAAGCCUGCAAGUCAAUUGAGUAUGCCAUGAAGAAGUGCCCAAAUGGGAUGUAUGCAGAGAUCAAGUAUGAUGGGGAGCGAGUGCAGGUCCACAAAAAUGGAGAUCAUUUCAGCUACUUCAGCAGAAGCCUCAAACCUGUCCUCCCACAUAAAGUAGCCCAUUUUAAGGACUACAUCCCUCAGGCUUUCCCUGGUGGGCAGAGUAUGAUCCUGGAUUCAGAAGUUCUUCUGAUUGACAAUAAAACUGGCAAGCCACUUCCUUUUGGGACUCUUGGUGUGCACAAGAAAGCAGCUUUCCAAGAUGCCAACGUUUGUCUCUUUGUGUUUGACUGCAUCUACUUCAAUGACAUCAGCCUGAUGGACAGGCCCCUGUGUGAACGCAGGAAGUUCCUCCAUGAGAACAUGGUUGAGAUUCCCAACAGGAUCCUCUUCUCGGAGAUGAAGCACGUCACGGUGAGCUCCGUGUGGGAGCAGCAUG